AUGAAGUAUAAGGCUAUUGUCAUGGAUUUUGAUGGAACAAUUGUUGAUGGGAUGAGUGCUUGGAUUAAUAUGUAUAAAGCAUUUGAUCAGAAAUAUGACAUCAUAUUAUCCCAAGAAAAGAAAGACAGAAUUUAUGUUGGUUCAGUAAGAAGUGUUGCUACAAACUACCUCUCUUUAUUCAAACACUUGAACGAUCACUUUACUGUAGAUUCUUUGACACGUUAUUUUGUUGAUAAUUCAAGAGAAGGCACAUUGACUUCCCCACCAAUAAAAGGGGUUAUAGAAUUUAUUAUCGAGGUUCAUAAAAAAAAUAUUCCUAUUGCCAUUGCAUCUUCAAGUACUGUCCCAACAAUUCAAGAAUUUCUUAAAAAACAUGACAUUUCACACUGUAUACAAACAAUAGUUGUUGGAAGUGAUGUAAAACAUUGUAAACCUGCUGUGGAUAUUUAUGUUGAGGCGUCUCAUCGUUUAGGUCAUGACAUUAAUGAUACUGUAGUUUUUGAAGAUUCAGUUUUAGCAUUGACCAAUGUAAAAAAAGCAGGUUUUAAGAGUGUGUUAAUUAGUGAUGCAGAGGUAUCAUCAGAAAGUUAUGACAUUCAAAUAAAAGAUUAUUUCUCUCCAUCUUUAAAGGAAUUAUUCUAA